UGAUGACGUCACUCCCUGCGUCCACACAGCAGGCUCAUAAACAAACAUGGCAGCGGUGAGCGUGUUCAAGCCCGGUUUGUUCAACCAUAAAGUGGCCGUGGUGACAGGUGGAGGGACCGGCAUUGGUAAAGCCAUCUCUACGGAGCUGCUGGAGCUCGGCUGCAGUGUGGUGAUCUCCAGCAGAAAUGCAGAGAGGCUGCAGAAAGUGGCCAAAGAGAUGAGACAGAAGAUCCCAGCAUCCAGCCCUGCCAGUGUCACUCCUGUGGCUUGUAACAUCCGCAAUGAGGAUGAGGUGAAAAAUCUUGUCUCAUCGGUGCUCAAACAGUAUGGUCGUAUUGACUACCUGGUGAACAAUGGCGGCGGUCAGUUCAGCAGCCCAGCAGAGCACAUGACCUCCAAAGGCUGGAAGGCUGUGAUAGACACAAACCUGACGGGAACUUUCCACUGCUGCAAAGAAGUCUACAGCGCAUAUAUGAAGAAGCACGGGGGCGUCAUUGUGAAUAUUAUUGCAGAGAUGUGGAAGGGCUUCCCUGGCAUGGCACACACAGGAGCAGCAAGGGCAGCGGUGGACAACCUGACCAAAAGCCUGGCCAUUGAAUGGGCAUCUGCAGGAGUCAGAGUUAAUGCUGUAGCACCUGGUACAAUCUUUUCCAAAACCGCGAUGGAGAACUACAAGGAACUCGGGCCGCAACUUUUUAAGACUUCAGUUCCAUUCUCCCCUGCAAAGAGAUUAGGAGUACCUGAGGAGAUCUCCUCUGUUGUGUGCUUUCUGCUCUCCCCUGCUGCCUCAUUCAUCUCUGGAGCCACAUUAAAGGUUGAUGCAGGACAAAGCCUGUACAGAACCAUGUGGGAGAUACCCGACCACCAGGCAUGGCCUGAAGCUCCAGAGGGUGAAAACUUGGCGGCUUUGAAGGAGCUGCUGGAGCCGCAAAGCAAACUUUAAUUGUCUUAUGUGACAAACAGACUAGACAAAAACCCCAACUAACACUUACAGCAUUGUGUUACACAGUUAAGAACAACACAGGUCUCUGCUUAUAAAGACCACUAUGUAAAGUCAAAUUCAAAUUUAAACAAAUUGUAAAUAAUAGACAUCAAACUUUUUUUUUUUUUUUUUAAUGACGCACAAACAUUUUUUUUUGCUUCUCCAUUUGGGCUGUUUGGAUUUACAUUUAAAAAAACAGAUGUUAGAAUGACAAAAAAUAAAAUGUCAAUGUAAGAAAAAAAUGAUUUUAAAGGAGGAAGAACGUUUUCUUGAAGCUUUUUAGAAUCAUUUAAACAAUGGCCUUGUUUGUUUCAUUACAUUUGACAUACCAUCUUCUUUUAUUAUAUAAUAAUUUUUAUUUUAAAAAAUGUGCAUGAUAAAUAUAUGUAUUAUGAACUAUGACACUUUGCUAGGCUUAUGAUAGUGUGUUAAAUUGCUGUAUUUGAUGGUAAUAAAGGUGAGCUCCACUGAUGUGAUAAU